UAAUUACGUUUGAAUCUUACAGUCCAUAGUACAGUAAAAAGUACAUCUAGUAAAUGUUUAUAAUUAUUUCUCACUAUUUUACGAAAAUCCUAUUUCUACAAUUGGAAUCCGAAAUUUUCCUUAACAUUCGACACAUAAAGAACACCUAGUAUACACGUCUCUGUGCUCGUCGAAGAAAGAAAUUGUCCGACAACGACCUAUAAACAAAGACUGUCGGAAAUAUUCCAACGUUCAACAACACAGAUAUCAUCUUUUUUGAAUCUUUUGGAUACCUCAGUGCCCCGAGCGUCAACGACAGUUUGCGCGAUCAAUUGCUUAAAACGUUAAAAUCGAUAUAUUAACAGUGAUAAAAAAAACAAGAAACAUUCAAAAGUACAUCGAUAAGGGGUGAAAUCACGGCUAGAGAUCGAGAGGCGAGAAGAGAGGGGCAAGGUGGGCCUGAUAGGGGGUUGUACUCCGUUUUCGCCCCGCCAUAUUCUCCAUCCAGUUGGUUCCCUUUUCUCUGUCGGUUCUCCAGCAGGCCUUGCGCCAGCCCGUGACAAAAAGGGCAACAGCCUCGUGGUCCGUGGCGACCGAUUAAUUUCGGACAAAAGAGACUGCGUAUCGCGCAGCGAGCCCUCGUUAGGCCCCCCUAAAACCCACCUUUGCCCUUUCUGCGAAGGGCGACUUCGACUCCGUCUCCCUACUCCCUCGUACUACCUUCGCCGCAGAACAACCCAAUCCCAGCUAGAGGGUGGGAACUAACGUCGGUAUAUAACAGUGGGGUGAGCUUUGCUUGAGGAACAGUCGCCCUACAGAACUUGUCGCUGCCGUGUCUUGUUCUGCGGCCAAAGUCUUGUGUUACAGACGGAGAUUUAGUUUUUCGGUAGUUUUAUGCGUCAUACAACAACGUGAUAGAAGAAGUUGGAGUCAAAUAGUAGGACGAAUAACAAAUAGUGUGUUGUGAAAAGAAUAAAUAGUUUACGGAAAGUUCAGUAUCCUUUGUUGGAAUCUCAUCCGGAAGAAAUAUGUGCGACGCUCAGAGCACCAUGUUCUUUAGACCAUGGAAUGUUACUGAAUCUUCAGACAAUCGAUCAAGCAAAAAUUUAAACUGUGAUAAAAAUGAGAAGACAACUUCACCUUGCAUGAAACAAGAGGAUGAUCAGGAUAGUGUAAUGUCCACAUCUACGUACGAAGGAAGCAGUGUCUCUAGUAAUUCAGAAAAUGAAGUUUCUGCCACAAAUAUCAGCAGACGACGAUUCAGGCGAACAAGUGAAGCUUCUAUAGAAGCAUUCAGCAGGUCGAGUUCAGUUAGUAGUGAGGAUGCAGUCCCAGGAAACAAUUUAAACUUAUUAAAUAAUUUUGUCUACAAUUCUCCAUCGACAUCCACUGCCUCAACGAACUCAGUUAUCCAUGAUAAUUCGAUGAUCACAAAUAAAGUUGAUUCCACCAUGGUCAAUCCUUGGUCCAUACCGAACACAGCAUUCUCUGUGGACUAUCUCCAGAGAUUAGGAUUCACACAUAACACCUCAGCUGCUCUGAGAGACUGUUCCACACUGAUGCCGUUAAAUAUCGGAUCAACUGCAAUUCAAACAUCAACAGUAUCAACAACCGGCCAGCCCUUCUAUUACGAAUAUCCAGGAGUUCAUCUUACCCAAGGAUUGUAUCAGCCAUCGGUGGAGCACGCUGUGGAAAUGAUUCACAGACAAGACGUGGCGGCUAAGCAGAUGAAGAAAUUGCGGCCGAAGAAGUUUAGAUGUGAGCACUGCGACGUCGCUUUCAGUAAUAACGGCCAGCUCAAGGGGCACAUCCGAAUACAUACCGGCGAAAGACCUUUUAAAUGCGAUGCGGAUGGUUGCGGCAAGUCGUUCACCAGAAACGAAGAAUUGACGAGGCACAAGAGGAUUCACACAGGAUUAAGACCACAUGCUUGCGUCGUUUGUGGAAAACGUUUCGGCAGGAAGGAUCACCUGAAGAAGCAUACGCGUACUCAUGAAAAUCGUGAUCCGUACAGAAUGUCCGCCGCCGCUUUGGGGAUGUUCGCUUUGGGACACGCGCUACCUCAAGGACAUCCGUUCCCUCCAUACGUGUAUCCGAUUUGACGAUCUCAGCGAUUCGAUUGCGGUUAUUUUUAUAAGAUAGCGUAUAUAUUUUUGUAUAUUGUACACUGGUUCAAGAAAUUUUUAUAUAUAUUGUAUAUUUGGAUAACAUUUGACAAUAACACGACUGCCUUUGAUAAGAUUGAUUCUGUAUUUUUAUGAAGGAUCGUUCGAAUAUU